GGUGGCAGUUCUGACAGGAGUAAAUAAACUAAACCAAGCGUUGUUGACAAGAAUAAAAGUGACCUCCAAUUGUCAGUGAUAACAAUAGGAUUAUCUUCAUGUAAACUGUACAAGUGAAGACAUAAAUUAAUUCAUCAAGAUGAUGGGCACCAGGGAGAAAAUGUUUGAAGACCUCCACUUUCCCUACUGCGACGAGGUCAGCAAAUACGAAAAACUUGACAAAAUUGGUCAAGGCACAUUUGGUGAGGUGUUCAAAGCUCGACAUAAAAAAACCAAGAAGGUUGUAGCCCUUAAGAAAGUCUUGAUGGAAAAUGAAAGAGAAGGUUUUCCAAUUACUGCCCUGAGAGAGAUCAAGAUUCUACAACAGUUGAAGCACGAUAAUGUUGUCAAGCUCAAUGAAAUAUGCCGAACAAAACCAUCUGCAUAUAACCGAUGGCGUUCAACCUUCUAUUUGGUGUUUGACUUCUGUGAGCACGACUUAGCCGGUUUAUUGUCCAACUACAACGUCAAGUUUAGUUUAGGGGAGAUCAAGAAAGUAAUGCAGCAGUUACUUGAAGGACUCUUCUAUAUUCACAGUAGUAAGGUACUACAUCGUGACAUGAAGGCAGCAAAUGUACUCAUUACAAAGUCUGGGACGUUAAAGUUAGCUGACUUUGGACUUGCACGAGCAUUUUCUCAGAGAAAUGGACAGCCAAACAGAUACACAAAUCGUGUUGUUACUCUUUGGUAUCGUCCGCCGGAGUUACUACUUGGUGAGAGAAACUACGGCCCACCAAUAGACCUCUGGGGAGCUGGUUGUAUAAUGGCCGAGAUGUGGACACGAACACCCAUCAUGCAGGGCAGCACCGAACAGCAUCAGCUUAAUCUCAUUUCACAAUUAUGUGGUUCAAUAACCCCUGAGGUGUGGCCGGGGGUUGAGAGCCUACCACUCUACGCUACCAUGGAACUUGCCAAGAAUCACAAGAGAAAAGUUAAGGAAAGACUAAAACCAUAUGUCCGUGACCCACAUGCAUGUGACCUCAUUGACAAGAUGUUAACUCUGGAUCCUUCUAAAAGAAUGGAUGCUGAUUCUUCAUUAAAUCAUGAUUUCUUUUGGAUGGAUCCUCUACCGUGUGACCUUGGCAAGAUGUUGUCCCACCACACCCACAGCAUGUUUGAAUUCCUGGCUCCUCCCCGUCGAGGAAAACAACAGCAGCAACAACAACAACAACAACAGCAGCAGCAGCAGCAGCAGCAGCAGCAGCAGCAGCAGCAGCAGCAGCAGCAGCAGCAACAGCAACAACAGCAACAACCACCACCACCACCACCUCCACCACAAGCAGGCCACUCAUCUCAACAGCCAACAGCAUCACAAUCAUCAGGGCAGUCUCAACAAGGAGGUUCUAGAAGGUCAGGUCACCGCCCAUCUGCCUCAUCUAGUGUUGCCAGUAUGUCCUCUUGUCCAGAGAGAAUAUUCUAGUGAACUUGUCACUACCUUACACUAUUAUUUUUAUGGAUGUAUUUAUUUAACAUUAGUGUUAGCCAAUUUUUACAUUGUGAAAAUAUGAAAGACAAUUGUUUUGUUUUCCAUCCUUCCUUUACAGUGCAAAAGGGGCCUUCUGUGGUUACAGAUCUGUACAGUUAGCAGUUUCACAUGUCAGUUACGUAGAUCAAACAAUAUAAAUCUGUUUUACUUUCGACAAAGUUUCUUCCAUCCAGUAAUUUUAUUUACGUCCCAAACUAUAAAAAAAAUAUACUGUAUUUAGAAACAAAUGCCAAAUAUUUCACCCAAUAAUAAUUCAUUAUUUUUGCUACAUAAGUUGUUAGGAAUAGAUUGUCCAGUACAGUACUGUACUGGCAUAUGAACUGCAUUACAAACAUGUCCAUUUUUUUCAUAUUUGUGAUGUUUGGCAGUUUGUACAAAACUGUACAGUAAUAACAAAUAUAUAUAUUUUUGUUCACCGUAUAUGAAUUUAUCCCCCCGUGUUGAUAAACACUUGAAAAUACAGCUUAAGUAAGAGUCAGUAUUCCAGCUGCCUUUAUUAUACUGUAUAUUGCUCCGUACAACCAUAUUAGGAACCCCUUGUGAGAAGUUAAAUAAUCAUUACCUGUAUUGCUUUGAUAAGCUUUACCUGAGUGGCUAGUCUGCCAAUAAACAAUGAAAUGUGUUGCUUCAGUUGCUGCACUUUGUCUCUAAGAAUUCUUCUCUUUUAUAUGUAAUUUUAUUUUGCUAAUUAUUAUUUAUUAAGCUACUACUUUGGAUGGCUUACACUGUGUCUUCAUGGCAAAUGACAGUGUUUGGUAGAACUGCUCAUAACAUUUACUGGAAUAACAAAAACCGUAACACUGUGUAUUUAUUGCUUCAGUUACUGAAACUUGUGCCCCUUUACCAUGUAAACUGUGAGAGCUGUCACUGGUAUAUAAGGCAAUAAGGAAUACAGUAUUAGGCUAUAUAAGUUAGGGUCAACAUUUAAAAAUUUUUAUUGGAUAUAUUUGGAUAUUUUUAUCCAUAGUACAGUAUUUGGAUGAUACAGUAACUCUUAUCUUUGUAACUUGGAAUGAAGCAGUCCUUAUAUCUUUACACUGUACAGUACAGUACAGUAUGAAGGAAUCAUGAAAUUCUUUCUUUAGAAGCUAAAAAUUUCUAAACUUUAUUCUUAAGAACAUAACACAUUACAGUAAGUUCUCCUAUAAUGCCUGUUGUUGUAGUGCCAUUUGGUUAUAGCAUGAAGGAUAUAUUAAGGAACACAUUUUAUAUAAUGUGAAUAUACAAUAAUGCAACUUAGUAAACAGAACCAUGUUAUGUGGUCACCUCAGCGUAGCAUUAUACAAGUCGGGAUGUACUGCCCUGUUUAUCUUCCACACACACACAUCACAUGUCUGUUGCUGUGAACUGUGCUUUAUUUUAGUAUACAUUCUCUACAAUAUCAACUUUAUUGCCUUUAAACCUUAAAGGGCAAUGGACUUCAUACGAGGUUUGAAAGGAAAACACAUAAAGGAUGGCAGACGUCAAAUGAUGUUUAGGUCUCUUCGUGCCAUCGUUUGAGUGCGCUCGUGGCUGUGUUCUUCUCUGGUAACUAUGAAGAUGCUGGUGGCUCAUUCAAGAGCCAGAAAAACGUGUACUCCCGGUUCAACUCGUGAUUACCCUAAGAAAAUAUUAUUUCUCGUAUUUAUUGAUUAAAUAUGAAUUUGUAGAAAAGAUUCAUCUAUCUCCUUUAUGGAUCAUUCUAUGUGUAUUUGAACAACCUUAUCUUAGGCGAUUUGCUCCAUUUUCUACAGAGCGGAAAGCACACGUAAAUAUACCCAGCAAUAAAUGGCUAAUAAUAAUAUAUGGCAAAGUAGUGAAGCAUUCUGAUAGUGGAAGUGAAGUAAAACAAAGAAAAGCUAAACUCUUUAAUACAAAUUAAAGUAAUAAAGUGGUAUGAACUGUCAACAGACUGACUCCAACUCCUCCACCACUCAUCUUACACAAUCAUCUCUUCUUGUGGUGAGUGUUAAAACAUAAGUUUAUUUACAUUUCCUUUGGUUAAAAAUGACUUGAUUUAAAAAGGUUUUAUCAUUAAAAGCUGCAAUGUGAAUCACACUCCACUCUGUAUUAUUUUAUCAUGUUCGUUCUGCACCCACUUUCACGGCUCCAUUUUUAUUGCAUGGCAACGUACACUAACACAAGGUAAUUAUAAUUUUAUCCAUUUUUCAUGCUUUUAUUCUGUUAAUGAAUGAUAUUAUUAAACUAAAACACAGUUUUUAUAAGAGAACGAAUAAAAACUAACAAUAAUCUAAUAGUGAAAGUGGACCCCAUGUUGGUGUUCUCAAAACUACUGCCCCAUAACCCCUUAAUUCCCAUUGAAUCACUGGCUACUAUAACACGAUUUUUCUAUGGUGCGGUGUCUUUCAGGAAUGCAGCUACCACGUUAUAGGAGAACUGACUAUUUUUACGCAGUUAAUCUGACACGUAUCGAGCACUUUUAAUUAUGUUUAGAAAGAGAAAAUAUGAUAUGUUACAAUCAGACACCUGUACAUGGCUGAAUCUUUAUAGAAGAAAAAUGAAGUGUGUAAUACUGUAUUGUACUGUAAUGCUUUCACUCACUUUUCUAAAUGAUGUUGUAGAGAAGACAUCAAAACCUAACUGUCCUAAACUUGUUACAGUAUCUUUACUAUUUGCUGAAGUUCAUAAAGUAAUAUCAUAUUUAAUUAAACAUUGCUACUUAAAAUGUUACUGAACCUGUUAAGAAGAGUUAGGGACAAAUAUGGUAUCUUCACAGUUGACCUCAAGAUUUUUCCUAUUAAUGACAGCUGCCAGUUAAAGUCUUCAGCAGUAUUUGUACAUUAACCUUAAUUUUCUAAUUCUACCACUGCCUCUUUACCUAUAGUAUGUAAGGCAUUUCUUCAUGAUGAAAUUUAAGUGGUCAGCUUUAAAUUUAAGUUUGCUUUUGCUUGAUAUGUCAAUAUGCAAAGAAACUGCCCACCACAAGUGUUUGUAAACAAAGAUGCCAUCAUCACAGAAGGCCCCUUAUCAGAUAUUCAAGAAGUAAUAAGUAUAAUUUACACACUGUACUGUACUUUAAACAGUUUUAACACUGGUGGAACCCAAUGCUUUAAAAGGUAUAUACAGUACUGUAUACCAUAUGUGUUACUAUGAGUAGAAAUACCCAUUUAUGAUACUGUGAGAAUAUUUUAGUAAUUUUAUAGAUAGUCUUUAUUUGUUGAUGAUAAAAGACUCUAAUGUCCUAUUUAUAUGGUAAUACAGUAAUAGAAAUGAAUUUAUGUUCAUUAGUUACCAUUUAAGAAUUGGUUAAGAGAACCAAGUGUCAUAGACUUUGGGUAAAAUUCUCCUCAAGUCUAUUUUUGUGAAGCUAUACUGUAGAGUGCAAGAUUUUUUGAGCUGCAUCAGUCAGCUCUAUGAAAAACUAUCCCAACUGACUGAUCCACUGAAAGAACAUUCAGACCAGCUUGUAACUUAUGAUUAAUUCUUGGUCAACUUUGUGUUCCUUUUUUAAGUUAGGAUAUUAUCUUGUUCCUUCAGCUGUUAGUUGUAACUAGUUAACUACCUGUGUAUAAAUUAUUGGUGAGGUAAUAUAUUAGGUUUAUAGUAACAUUAUUACUUCAUUUAGUAAAACCAGUAUUACCAAGUUAACGGUAGAUCACAGAGUUUGAAGUUUGUUUGUUGCAAUACAUAAUGUUGUAGCGGAAUACCUUAGUCGCUGUCAUCCACCGUUUUUUUUUUUGUAAUUUAUCUCAUCAUUUCAAGAGUUUGGAGGAGUAUAGACAAAAACUGGAAGGCACAUAUUGUACACAAAGUUCAAAAGGCAAGUGUGGCCUUUAGUACCUGAUAGUGUACCUGUGUUUUUUUUUGUAAAGUGGCACCCUAAUUCCUACUAGUCAGUGAGCAGUUGAUACAUAACUAUGCCUAUAAGAGUACAAAAAUCCUUUAUAUCAUAUGUAAGGUUACUUCAAGCAUUUGGAAAACAUUUUAGAAUUAAGUUUGGCAUUUAUCAGAUUUGAAUUAUGUAUAAAGUAAUUUCUUUAGUUGUACUGUACAUACUCAGACAUUCUAUUUUUAGAUUUAUAAGAACUCUUCAUGAUAUGGGUAAACAAUGGUAUAAUUACCCAAAUUUAUCUUUGUACAGGUGUGUAUAUAUAUGUGUGACUCAGAAAUAAGUAUUGGGUGCCCACAUCUCCCAAAACCAAACAAGUGAAUACUGUAUGAUGAUUUACCACAAACUUUUAAAAGAAAUAAUCCAAUUAUAAUUUCUCUUUAUUGAUUACCGGUUAUAAAUAUAAUUCAGAUUACUAUUAAUUUACAAUACUGUAUAUAUUUACUUUGGGCAUGUAUAGUGCCAGUGACACUGCCUUUAGAUGAAAGUAUUAUUGAAGAAAGGACUAAUUAUGUACAGAAUGAUAAGAUAUUUUAUUUACAUGUUGUUAACUGAAACUGUCACACACACAUAAUAAUAAAUGAUCAAGUUUUACCCCCAUACACAACCUCAUAAUAAAUACCUUUGUAGUUCUCCUCUUUUAUAUAAAACUCUAAAAAUUAUCUAAUAAUUUCCUCAACAGACUAAAAUACAAUGGAAAAUUCUCACUCAAGGUAAAUUAUUCUUGUGAAUUUAAAAUACAAUAAAUGGACAAAUUAAC